GUUCCUCAAGUGCUAUGCAGCCAGGAAGUGGGUGAGAAGAAGUGUGGGGCCAGGCAGUUCAGAGCCUGAAGGAGGUACUUCAGGGAGUGUCCAGAGAAGCUGGGGAGGGAGGGACCUCCUCAAAGACUGCUUGGGGAGACUCCCCCAAGCCCCGGGUGGCUCCCAGACACAGACAGGAGGAAGUGAGAGGUGAACUCAGUUCUGGGCCUGGCUGGGUAAGGCCCUGGCCCACCUGCCCUCGUGACUACCCACAGCCAUGGCCCUGGCCCAGCAGCUGCGAUCGGAGAGUGACUUUGAGCAGCUUCCUGAUGACGUGGCCAUCUCCGCCAACAUCGCUGACAUCGAGGAGAAGAGGGGCUUCACCAGCCACUUUGUUUUUGUCAUUGAAGUGAAGACGAAAGGGGGAUCCAAGUACCUCAUCUACCGCCGCUAUCGUCAGUUCUAUGCCCUGCAGAGCAAGCUGGAGGAGCGGUUUGGGCCAGAGAGCAAGAGCAGCCCAUUUACCUGCAGCCUGCCCACGCUACCAGUGACUCUUCUCCUGCAGGCGCAGGGUCUCACCCUUGUGUCUGCUCUGGUUUCGGCUCCUCCCACCCCACCAACACUUACCUCAGGAGGAGUCCUGUGGUUCCUGUCUGAUGUCCUGUCCGGAAGCUGCUCCAAAGUCUACAUGGGUGUGAAGCAGGAGAUUGCUGAGGCCCGGAUCCCUGCCCUGAACGCCUACAUGAAGAACCUCCUGAGCCUGCCGGUCUGCGUGCUGAUGGACCCCGACGUCAGGAUCUUCUUUUAUCAGUCUGCCUAUGAUGCAGAGCAGGUGCCUCAGGCGCUCCGCAGGCUCCGACCGCGCACGCGCAAAAUCAAGGGUGUGUCUCCACAAGGCGCCCGCAUGGACCGCAUGGAAGCGCCGAAAGCAGAGGCCCUGUUUGACUUUACUGGGAACAGCAAACUGGAGCUAAGUUUCAAAGCUGGAGACGUGAUCUUCCUUCUCAGCAGAAUCAACAAAGACUGGCUGGAGGGUACAGCCCAGGGAGCCACCGGCAUCUUCCCAGGCUCCUUCGUGAAGAUCCUCAAGGACUUCCCUGAGGAGGACGACACCACUAACUGGCUGCGCUGCUACUACUAUGAGGACACAAUCAAAACCAUCAAGGACAUCGCAGUGGAGGAAGACCUCAACAGCACCCCUUUGUUCAAAGACCUGCUGGCACUCAUGAGGCGUGAGUUCCAGAGAGAGGACAUCGCCCUCAAUUACCAGGAUGCCGAAGGGGAUCUGGUUCGGCUGUUGUCAGAUGAGGAUGUGGGACUCAUGGUGAAACAGGCCCAAGGCCUCCCCUCCCAGAAGCGCCUCUUCACCUGGAAGCUACACGUCACCCAGAAGGACAACUACAGUGUCUACAACACGGUGCCCUGAGUCACUGGGGUCCCUGCGGCAAGAAGGGGGAGCUCAGCAAAAGGCCUACACUCUCUAAGAACACGAGGACCUUCAGGGAGGCUGGCAUGAGAUGCAAGCCUCCAGGCUAGAGGCAGGUGUGCCUCUGGACCAGGAUUCUACUAACUUUUGACACCUCUGAAUUAAAUAAACCCUUUUGUCUCUACGGACCAGA